AUGACUCGCGACGACCGCGAGUUUUCCAUCGUCGUCUUCGGCGCCACGGGCGACGCGGGCCGCGCGGUGUGCCGGUACCUUGCCACCAAGCAGGGCGCGCGCCCUGUCAAGUGGGCGGUCGCCGGCCGGAGCAAGGCCAAGCUCGAGACACUCGUCAGCUCCCUCGGCGGCUCCUCGGCGCCGUCCGUGCUGCUCGCCGACGCGUGCGACGCCUCGUCGCUGCUGCGCAUCGCGGAGCGUGCGACGCUCGUGUUCAGCGCCGUCGGCCCGUACUCCCGCCUCGGCGAGCCGAUGGUCAAGGCGUGCCUCGUCGCGCGAACGCACUGGGCCGACAUCACGGGCGAGGUGUUCUGGGUGGGCGAGAUGGAGGCCAAGCACGGCGAGGCCGCCGCGGCGGCGGGCGUGACGCUCACCUCUCUCUGCGGCUACGACUCGGUCCCGUGCGAGCUCUCCCUCCAUGUCGCGCGCAAGGCGCUCAAGCUCGGCGCGAGGCACUCUGAGCUGCUCGACGCCGAGGCCGUGACACAGCUCAACUCCGACCUGUGA